GUUUCGAUUCAGCUAACACCGUCCAAGCCGCCAUUUUCUUUUAGGCCUAAAUCGAGUCGACGGGAGUUUUAGUUCAAGAAAAAACACAUCAAACACUCGAAAUGGCUGAUGUUAGAGACAUUCUCGAAAUUGAGGGCUCACCUCAAACGCCAACGUCUAAAAAUACAAUCAUACAUGGAAACAAACAGAAACGACUCAGAAGGACCACUGACACAGUAUUUAAAAGACCAGAGGGUAUGCACAGAGAACUCUAUGCUCUUCUUUACAGUGACCAGAGGGACCCAUCAUCUAUGACUCCAUCUGAUACUGGAAGGGGAUACAAGCAAGUAAAAGCAAAAAUCGGAAGAAGUAAGGUUCGGUCAUGGCAGUGGGAAGCUUUUAAAAAUCCAUCAAGAAAAGAUGACUUGGAAAUGCAUCAUUGGAGAAGAAAAAAUGAUGAGGGAAAGGCAUAUCCAUUCGCAAAAUUUAAUAAGGUUGUUGAAAUACCAAGCUAUACUGAUGAAGAAUAUAAGUUGUAUCUUGAAGAUAAGAAAAACAGUUGGACAAAAGACGAGACUGAUCAUCUCUUAGAUUUAUGCAGGAGAUUUGAUCUCCGAUUUGUGGUUAUAAAUGAUCGAUACGACCGAGUCGCCUUCAAGAAAAGAUCAAUGGAGGAGCUCAAAGGACGGUAUUACGAUUUGGUUGGAAGGCUUUUCAAGGUUCAAGCCCAGCCUGGAAAGGAGCAUGAUAGUGAACCCCCUGUUUUCGAUGCUGAACACGAAGCCAAGCGCAAAGAGCAAUUGCUGAAGUUGUAUAACAGAACCCCCGAGCAGGUAGAAGAGGAGGAUAUGCUUGUUUCAGAGCAGAAGAAAAUAGAAUCAAGGAAAAAAGAACGAGAGAAAAAGCAAUUGGAAUUGAACAAAUUGAUAACAGCCGCUGAAAAGAAGCCACAGAUGUCUGAACACAAAGUUUUCUCGAGCGGCCAUCAAAGGUCGAAACCAAGGAAAGACAAAAAGCAGGGUAAAAAGAAGCAAAAGCGAAAAUCGGACCAGCAGGUUUUGGAAGUGAAGCAAAAAACAACAGAGCAACUAGCGGGAAUCAGGUUCCCAGAGUCAAAGGGAGCAGGGUCAUAUCUUCGAAGCUCAAAACUCAAAAUGCCACAGUCUGUUGGCACCAAGAAAGCAAAGGCCGUCGAGCAAUUGCUGGAUGGUCUUGGCGUAGAACUGUAUCCAAUGCCUACUGAAAAAAUUGUGCUGGAAUUCAACGAAUUAAGAAACGAUCUGCUCCUUCUUUAUGAACUGAAGCAAGCUCUAGGGAACUGUGAAUUCGAACUGCAGACUUUAAAGCACAAAUUUGAGCUGUUAGCUCCUAACAAAGACAUAACACCUCUCAUUGGUUUUUCAUUGAGUUCAACAAGCCAGACAGAAGUGCAAGAUGGUAAUUCGUCUCUUCUGAUUGAUGUGGUGGCUGCUGGAAAUCUGAGGAAGCGAAGAACUGCAACAACCUUUUUAGAAACCACCCCCUGGAAGAAGUCUCGGAAAUAGGAUCCUGGUUGAAAGAGUUCUUGAAGAAAUUCAAAACAAUUAUAUGCUUGGUAUCCAAAAACAAACGAUACUCUGUAUAGCUUUUGUACAUAAUCAUGAUUCAAAUUUCAAUCUUGAUAAAGCAUUCUUCUCUGGGGUUGAGAAUCCCCCCUUCUGUUCCUUACCGGGAUUUUCGUGCACGUUUACCAGGGUUGAGAACCCCCGCUCCUUACCUCCACUCCUUAUUUCAAACAAAAACCUACAACUAACUAUUUAAAAUUCCAGCAUGUCCUUGCAGUCACUUUCCACAAUAAUUUUACUUCAUCAUAGGUUCACUACCGUGUCUAUUAUCCUCCCACGUUUAUUGAACUUUGGAUUUAGCAAUGGCUCUGCCAUUCAUUUCAACUUCCAUCCCAUUUAUUCCCGGCCACAGAGUACGAGAAGUUCUGUAUGUUCUGUAUUAAGCCAUUUUGACUAUCAUCAAGCCAAAUUGGUUCUCAGAUCAAACCAUAUACAAGUCUUAUCAUUUUUUUUAAAAGCGUUAUUUCUUUGUUUCUUGUAGUUUUCUCUUAGGAUGUAACUGGCAUUUUUAAGCAUUUAAUGGGUCGAUAGUGGCAAAGUGGUGACGCCACAAAGAUAUAUUUUUGGAAUGAUUGGAUUUCGAACAUAUUGCCCGAAAGAUCGCAAUGAAUUAAAAUUAAGUUGAUCUGUUACAAAAUUGACUGAGAUGUGUCCACUUGAUUACAUCAAACUACUGUAAGUUGGCUCUGGUUCUAAAAUUUAUUAACAGAACAUCUAUUGGUUUGAAAAGUAAGAGCAUACGACUUGAAUUCGGUAUCUUGUAAACGGAACCGGGAAUGGUUUUUCGAUCUAGUGUGUUCCUGCUAGUA